GACAAUGGAAAUCGUGUAUUCAUCCAAAUUCAAACACACGCCCUGUAAUCCUAUCGUAUCAAUAAAUUAUUAGGAAUUAUCCAAAACUUCAUUCAAACCUUCCUUUUCAAUUUUUUCAAAAUAAAUUUCAGCAAAAAAAACUGAAAAUAAAUAAAUAUAAAAGGCCACGUGUUGAAAGUUGACGCAGAACACAACAUUUCCCAACCCGACCAAAGGUCUCUAGCUCCACCGCGUUGCUUCUCUGCUAGGCCAGAUCGACUGAACCUUUACCUAUCCAUUAUUCUUUUUUUUUUCAAAAAUUAAAAUAAAAGAAACAAAAACUCUUUUUUUUAAAAAAACAAAUAAUAAUAACAACAAAAACUCAUUUUGUUUGAGGAAUUGUAAAUUUGUAAUUUUUUUUUUUAAUAAAUAAUUUAAAAUUAUUAUUUUGGUCGGCGAGGACUGGAAAUAUGCAGUUCAAAUCUUGGGGCGUCUGAUAAUUUGUCUGGUGGUUUUGAGAGAAGAAAAAUUAAUACACAGAAGAAGAAGAAGAAUACCGGUUUUGGGAUUGUUUGAAAUCUUAGGGUUUUUUAUUUCUUACUCUUUGAUAGUUUCUAAUGCUAUUUUCUGGGAGUUCCUUUUCACAAUGCCUAAAGCUUCUUCAACGCCUCGAAGCUCUGCUUAUCUCAGUGCUCUUACCCAGGAAAUCCAUAAGAAGCUUCAGAGGGCAUUAGCUUCGCCGUCUCAAAGGCCCAACUUGUUGCAGGAGUUGUUUGCCGACAUAGCUCUAGAAGUUGAUGACCGAGCCAGAGAUGUGAUUCUUCGCAAGGAGGAAGAUCUUAUUUCUCCUGCUGAUGAUUAUGUUGAUGGUCCAUUGUGCUUUUAUGAUGUACUUGCUGAUUAUUAUAUUCGGGUUCUUGAGAGUGGAAAAUCCAUCCUGGAUUUGAUUGUACAAUUAUGGAGCCAGUCCUUUGCUUCUCACAUCUUUGCUCUCCUGUUCCACAAGUGGUUGUUUGAAGUGGAACUUGACAGCUCUGAAGUCCUCCUUCGUUACUCAUCUGCACUUGUUCAAGGUGCUACAAAUCUAUUUUGGAUCGACAUCCAAACAAAUUCAAGACGAUUUCAGUCUUUGUUUCGUUAUCUUCUUGAGGAAGUGGUGUUGGAGCCAGCUCGGUUAAAUAAGAUUCCUGUACAGGCACAGCGAGAUCUCUAUCUUUUACUUUCAAGGUUUAUAUUAUUUUAUAACUCAGUUGACAAGCUCGAAAGCUUCUUGAAGCAAAUUCCUGUGUUCCCAAAUGCUUUCUUAGUAGGUGGUCCAGCAGAUUUUUUUGUAAUUGAACUUGCGGACCAGCUUCAAAAGCUAAAGGUUGAACCAGUUCUACUACAUUACUUCUCACAAAUGAAAUUUCUCCAAGGUAUGGAACUGAGAAUGACUACGAGUACAAGAUUGAAAAGUUGUUUGUAUAGCUUCACUUCACCCGGAGGUCCUAUGUAUCCCACUAGAGCUGUUCGUCAUGCUGCUUGGGAUGUAUUAGAUUUUCUUUUUCCAGUCGGUCGUUACCCUCGCCAUCUCAUUAGCUUGUUUUUCAGACUACUAUACCCAUGGUACUGGCCUUCCUCUUGUUGGAACUUCGUAACGUCUUGCAUCAAAGCAAUAUUGUAUUCUCUGUUCGGCUUGAUCAUUUGCAGUUGGGAGAAGCUGAUAAGUCAUAAAAGGUCCUAGGCUGCUUCAAUUUUCAAUUACGUACAUCAUCCUGUAAAGGAUCACACACUUGCCACUUUACAUGUAUCACUUUUGCUCUGUUUCAAUUUCAGCUCCAAAAGAUGUAUUCAACAUUUAUAUUUUAUACAUUCCAACUUUCAUUUCA